AUGCAUUGCAUGGGUGUCCAUAGAUGCGAUGGUACGCCAGAGAACUGCGCCAACGAGCGUGAAUACUCGCGGAAAUUCAAAGAGAAAAAUUUGGAAAAGCCAAAAACCAAAUUUCGUUGUUUGCACGAAGGUUGCUCUGGCGAGUGCUGCAAUUUCGCCAAUGUCGAGGAGCACUGCAAAGUGAUCCACGGAUGCAAUGGAUCGUAUGCUCACUGUCCGAACGAACGUGUCUACCGUCGGUCCAAGUUCGAGGCCACUCCCGACGAUUCCGACUCUAUCCAGAUGUUGAUCUCCGACGGCAGAAUCAAAUGUCCACACAUCGCUUGCAACAAUUGGUAUGCAUCGCGUGAAGGAAUGAAGAGUCACAUUCGCAAUCCGAAACACGUCCACCUGUGUCCAAGUCCGCCAAACUGUGACGGUUGCCAACUUCAGAUUCAUUUCGGUGAGAAGAAACGUCGACUUGUCAAUCCCGCCCACAAUGUCAGUGGUGGUAGCGACUCCGGAGGCAGUAACAACGGAAGUCCAAGCCCAUCUCCAAACAUAUUCUCAUCCAUAAAGAGAAAACAUUAUAAUAACAUGAAUAAUAAUAAUAGUAAUAAUAAUUAUAGUAGUAACAAUAACAAUAAUAAUAAUAAUAAUAAUAACAAUAAUAACAAUAAUAAUAACAAAAAUAAUAUAAAUUAUAAUUACACUAUAAAUAAUAAUAAUAAUAAUUAUGAAGGUCCAGAACUAUAUGAUAGUGAUAAUAGUCAGUUGUACGAAGAAGAUUUCGAAUAUAAAAGAUUGCGAACAGAUGACUACAAUGAAGAUGAAGAGGAGCAAGACGUUUUCAAUGUGAAGCAACCAAUCAAACAACAAUUGAAACAACAAUUCCAACAGCAAAUGCAGUUUCAACAGUAUAGUGAGACGAGUUCACCUGUCAGUUGGAACAGCGGUGCUUUCGAGGAUAGUGAAGAGUUCAGUGGAAGCACUGUUAAUAAUGCAGCCAAUAUGUCGGGGAACAACAACAACAACAACAACAACAGCGACAGUAGUAUUGCCUAUUACAAUGACAGUGAGGACGAUACCGACGAUAGUGAAUAUGACGAGAGCGAUGAGAAUUGGGAUACCGAAGAUUACCAAUGUCCUCAUUUUAUUUGUAAUUUCCGUGAAUCUCUUGAAAACAUGAGACUUCACAUCUCUGAAAAUCACAAUUGUCAGAAUUCAAAACAAUGUAUUGGUUGUCGUAUGACCAUCGAUUUCAAAUUACGCGAGAUCAGACUUCGUACAAUUACAAACCAAAAUAAUAAUACCACCGAUAGUAAUAAUAAUAAUAGCAACAAUAACAAUGAAACAAAAAAGAAAAAAGAUAAAAAUAAUAAUAACAACAAUACAAUUAGUAUAAUUAAUAUUAGUAACAGUACAACGAUUGAAAAAGAUGAUAAUAAUAAUAAUGACAAUAAUAAUACUACCACUACUACUACAACUACUACUAAUACUAAUACUAAUACUAAUAAUAAUAAUAAUAAUAAUACUAAUAAUAAUAGUAAUAAUGAAACUGAUAUUAGUGAUAAAAAAUCAACAACAACAGAUAAUAUUACUAAUAUUACAGUAACUUAA